AGGCCAUCGCUGCAUAGCGUUCGUAGGUUCUGACGGUCGGUGAUGGAUGUCGGCGGCGUUCGUCUCAUGGAUCUGGGUGGUGCCCGUCUUCGGGGCUUGGGAGGAGUUGACUUGCACAGGAGGUUGUUGCCUUUGGAGCAGUACCUCAUGGCGAAGUCAGAGCACUUUUUGUGAAGAUCUCAUGUCCGGCUUCCUCUACAGUCCCGACUUUGACAGUAGCACAGGACAUUCCUUGAGCUUCAGCUAUACAGGCCAGCUGGAGCUCGAGUGUUUGAACAACUCAAAGUGGGUCAGCAUUUGGAAUUCAGAUCACCUGGACCUCUCAGAGCACUUCGCUUUGGAACGUUUCCAGAAAGCCGUCGUGGAGCUGCCGUCAGAAGCAUCUGCAGUGCGCUUCAAAAGUCGACCUUUUGCCCAAAUCAAUCAGAUCAUUGCAGAGCCCUUCAACUCUUUCCGGCAAUUGGCAGCUGAGGAGGGGGCGGGGGCACCCCGCUAUUCAUACGCAAAUUGGGUUCAGAUCCACUUCAAUGAUGGGCCUCCAAGUAGGAGAUGGCACACGGGUGUACUAGAUGCAGCUGGCAAGAUUUGGAUCUUUGCUGGGGAGAACAGUGGACAAUUGCUGAAUGAUUUGUGGCACUUCAACACUGCAGUUAUAGAAGAAGGGUGGGCUGAAAUCGAUUCCGCAGAUGCUUGGCCAAGCCCUCGUUUCAGCCACAUGGCUGUGAUGGAGGGACAGCGAAUGUGGGUGUUUGGUGGCGUGGUUCAAGGUGGAUUAAGCAAAGAACUCUGGAAUUACGAUGUGGAUCUGGGCACUUGGACCCUUUGGAAAGCAGAUUCCAUCUCUCCCACUGCUCGUGAAAGCAUGACCAUGAUCAGUGAGGCCAAAAGUGGACGUCUGUGGAUGUUUGGAGGCUAUGACGGCAGUCCAAGGAAUGAUCUUUGGUUCUUCGGUACCCAUGAUCCGACGCCCGCUUGGACCUUGGUCUCGCCUGGACCUGGGUCGCUUCCUUCGGCUCGUUUCAGUCAAGUGGCUGUGGCCGAAUUCGGACGAAUGUGGAUCUUCGGAGGCCUAGGCUUAGAAGGCCUGCUGAAGGAUGUGUGGUAUGUGGACAUCGGUGACUAUAUCAACAGUUCUUCUGGGUCUGCCACUUGGACUUCGGUCACCUCCCGAUUGGAAGGCCCCACUGCUCGAGAAAGUGCUACGGCUGUGACCAGUUCUGGGGAGAUGUGGCUCUUCGGAGGGAUCGGCGAAGACACUGAGACGACUGAUACAGAUAGCGGUGAGCUUUGGGUGUUAAACCUGGGUGAAGCAGAAGAACGCACUGAAGGAGAGGAAGGAGAGGACAGGCCUAGUUGGCGUGAAGUGGACUCCGUUGGUCCCAAUGGUCAUCAAUAUCAUGUCGCGGUGUUGGACACCAUGGGUCGAAUGUGGUGUCACAAUGGUGAGCUCUGGUAUUUCGACACCAACCCACUAACAUCAACGAGUCAAAGCAGUUCGUCCACGAAGACAAGUGUGACCAGCACGGUUUCAACCUCCACUUGGACCUCGACUUCCACCUCAACUGGGACAUCUUCGACCUCCUUGACCAGCUCGUCUUCCAGUUCCACUUCCAGCAGUUCCACUUCCAGCAGUUCCACUUCCAGUGCCUCUUCCAGUUCCACCAGCUCUUUCACUUCCACCAGUUCCUCAUCCUCUUCUUCUCGAACUCAGACCACUUCUAGCAGCUCUUCAACGACCACUUCCUCAAGCAACAGCAGCACCACCUCCUCAAGCUCUUCAACUUCAAGCAUGACGACCUCCAGCACCAGGACUUCAACACAUUCAUCUACAAGCUCUACCUCUUCUACCUCUCAAACAAGCACCUCAACACUUUCUAGCACAACAAAGACUAGCUCUUCAACUCUCUCAAGCACGUUCACCUCCACGGCUAGCAGCAGCAGCAGCAGCUCAAGUGUCAGUGUCACUUCAACAAGCAAGACCAUGACAUCGACUUCGAGCACAACCCUAGUGAAAGAUCUUGCAACGGCACUUCAUGAUUUUCUUCUUUCCCAGGUGGAAGAGACCUUGGACAAUUUGACGACAAAUCAGAGUUUGAUUGAAGUUUCGCCUCACAGAUCUAUGGCGCUGGUGACUUUUGGAAAGAGAAAACCAGAGAACGAGAAGACGGAACUGGAACCAGUGGCGGGUGUUGUGAUCAAGGACUCUUCGAUGCCGCUGUCAGUGCCCCGCUUUUCGUCACUGGCCGACCUGCCUGUGUUGGUUUCGAUGUCGAUCAGCGAAGGGUCGGUGCCAGGUGUCGAUCUGCCAAAGGUCGGGUCGGCCGUGAGCACUGCGGAUGGGGAAGUUCAAGUUCUUGCCGGACCAUUGGUGCAAAUCUCUUUGGUGGAUGCAGCUGAUGUGACAUCUUUGGAUGUGGUGAAGAUGAAUUUGUCAGCGCCACUCAUGUUUCGAGCAUCUGAAGAGCCAGUGGAAGGUGUGACAUGCCGCUUUUGGACGAAGUCCGGAUGGUCUGUGGAAGGAAUGGGAAGCCCAUCACCAGAAGAAGUGCAGGAGAUAUUUGCCGGUAUGGAUGUGACUGGCAGUUGGUGUACCACAAAUCACCUUUCAGUGUUUGCCAUUGUGCGACCAUGUACUUUUUUGGAGUCUUUGCAAGCUGGUGAGAAGUGUUUUAACAUUCCAACUUUUGUGGCCUUGCUGGGUGGCAGCGUGCUUUGCUUGUGCUGCAGCUUCUGCGGUUUCUAUGCCACCAUGAAAUCACGGCAUGUGGUUGGUGGAAAGAUGGAGCUAGCAGACCUUCAAGGCUCUUCACACAAAGUGCCUUUUCACGUGAGGCGGCCAAGUAAAGAGAUGAAAGAACAGCAGGAUAUCUCCCAACCAAAGACCUUGGUUACUUGGGAGGUGCAACCAGAAGCCUUACAGGCGACGGGCUUUUCAAAAAAGCAUCGAUUCCUGCAGCUCAGGACGAAGUUCUUCAGCGAGCGGAAUGAUGAUGCGAGCUUUUUUUCAGAUUGUCCCGAGAAGAAGUGAUUCCAUUUUGACCUUCCCUGAAACGCCUGAAGUUGAAGCACCUCUUGACCACAAGCAAGGCGAACUGGGAGACCAAGGCGAGUGUCCGCCAGCUCUCAGUCCGUCAGGCCUUCAGCUCCACGAGGUUUUUACACCUGGGACCCAGGUGGAGUUCUUUUCUGAGACGCACCAGAGAUGGGCACACGCUUCAAUCGAAGGUCCUGGCUUCUUCACGACGUCCUCGUCGGACUCCGAACCAUUGCCCAUGUACAACGUUCGCCUUGGCCGCCAGAUUCGCAACUGCAUUGCUGUAGAGCGAUUGCGCCUUCCAUUCCAAAGAGGGGAUCAUGUUUCGGUGGAAGUGGAUCAGCAUUGGCAAGCUGCCAUGGUCUUGGGAAAGCGGAGUUGGGCCAGUUGGCCCUUGGCGUAUGAGAUUCAACUGAUGUCCUCUUCAUCGACCUCUUCAUCGACCCUUGCCUCCAAGCACAUCCCCGAAGGGAAUCGAUCAUUGGCGCAGGGGUUCUGUGGUACCAGUACAAUUUGACACAAACCGACCUCUUCCACGUCCAAUAGCGAGCACAUGACCCGUUGGCAUGAUUCAGCUCGGUUUGUGUGCUGCGAAAAUGGCUCCAGAUCUUCGUCCUCUUUUGCAGCUGCUUUUGAGUAGAUUCUGAACAACCCAGUGCUAAGGUGGAGCCUGCAGAGAAUGUUCGUGUGAGGCAUCCGAUCGGUGAACAUGUUUUUGUUUUUCAAGGUGCCAGCAAAGGUUGGGCACCUGCAACAGUGAAAGGUACAGAUGAACAUGUGAACUCUUGGCCAAUGGUUCCUGUGUGUUUGGAAGGAACCAGCGAGAUCAUUCCGGUUUUGCACAGUUUGGUUCGCUCUUCGUCCAAAAUGGAUGGAUUUCCAACUUGAGCUAAAACGCUUUGUACGCUUAUCGAAUUAAAAUUCUGGGCCCCAUUUGACGUGGGUUCAAUGUCAUUGUGCAAAUAUGCACAUGUUGCAACAAUCCUCUUUUGUUGAGAUCCUACGAAGACAACAACAUCUUCAAUUGGAUCCCGAGCUGAAGAAACCAAUAAUUGAAUGGCUUUUGACAUAGAAAACGUCGAACAUGG